UCAAGAUGGCGGACGCUAGUCAAGAAGUAAGUGAAGCAACUUCUUCUAAAGAAGAACCCUUUCAGACUGUAAGAACACGCAGUAAACGUAAACUAGAGCAAGAUGAGGACAUGGAAAAAGACAAAGGAAAGAGUAGGCCAAGUUUCCCGCCUGUGAAGGCACAAAAACUGUCGGGAGGAAAGUCAGAAACAAGGAAGGUUCCUGUACCAGCUCACCGAUAUACACCUUUGAAGGAAAACUGGAUGAAAUUAUUCACACCUGUUGUUGAGCACCUCAAGCUACAAAUACGUUUUAAUCUUAAUACUAGAAAUGUCGAAAUAAAGACGUCGAAAGAGACCACUGAUAUUGGUGCUAUUCAGAAAGCAGCAGAUUUUGUCCAGGCCUUCAUCUUAGGCUUUGAAGUUGAGGAUGCCCUUGCUCUUAUAAGGCUGGAUGACUUGUUUCUGGAAUCAUUUGAAAUAGGUGAUGUAAAACCUUUGAAAGGAGAUCACUUAUCCAGAGCAAUUGGUAGAAUUGCAGGGAAGGGAGGAAAAACUAAAUUUACCAUAGAAAAUGUCACCAAAACAAGAAUUGUUCUUGCAGAAACGAAGAUUCACAUUUUGGGGUCAUUUCAGAACAUCAAAAUAGCCAGAACUGCAAUUUGUAGCUUAAUCUUAGGAAGUCCUCCAUCAAAGGUUUAUGGUAACAUGAGAGCUGUGGCAAGUAGAUCAGCAGAAAGGUUUUAGAAUAAAUUUUGUAUAUGAAAAAUUUGGCUCACAUUAUAAACAUGCACGGCAUGGCCAUGGUAGUGGUCAGGGGAUGAUGUGACCCAUCCAUACCAUAACACUUUCACCACUGAAUGAAUAAUAUGCUCUAAUAAUAGAGUAAUUAUUAUUACUGACAGAAUUGUGCCAUCAAAGUGGGGAAUUCUACAGCAAUUUCAAUGAUUUUAUUGUAUAGAAAUAAUAUCCAUUUAUUUGCCAUAGGUAUUAUGCCUGUGGUAAGUACAUCUGUAAAUUAACAGUGCCCAGAAAAAAUCUGGAAGGCUCACAGUUUUUUAGGUUAUGAAAUUGGUCGUAAUCAGAAUUUCUAUACUUAUACUAUGGAAUUUCUGAUUAUUACAUGUAACCUUUUAUCUUGUCUCUGUAACCUUUGUAAAAAAUAUACUCUAUUAUCAUAUAAUUAUCCAUAAUAUACCUAUAUUUCUCAUUUUCAAAAAAACCGAUAUUUCCAACUGAAAAUAACGU